AAAAUGUCUUCUCUUCCACCUGAAAUACAAUUUGAUGUUUUAAAAUGUCUUGAUUUCGAGCAAUUAUUCUUUCUCUACCAAAACAAUUUUUACUUUUACAAUUUAAUUAAUUUAUACGAGGGAGUAUUGGCAAGAAAGAAAUUUUGUAGUUUCAGUCUGACAGGAGCAAUAUUUUCAAGCCAUCAUAUUCUUAAAAGUAAUGAAGUACCAUCUUUUAUUUUGAAUGAUCAACUUAAAGAGAAGUGGCAAACAGCGUUGGAGGAAUCUAUUACUUUAUUUUUACAACCAGAUACUACUGAUCCUUUACAACCAGCUAGGCCUUUUUUUUCACUAUUUUCACAUGGUCCGAGGCGUGUUAAGAACGUUUUUGUUGAAUUGCGUUUAAAAGGUUUUUGA